AUUAGUUUUCUGCAUUCUGUAAUCGUCCUCUUUACGUUAGAUGUCUGUGUUUACUCUUUUCGCAAAAAUACGGUGUUAUCUGGAAAUAUUCCGCAUCUAAACCAGAUAUUAGAAGAUAUUAGCCGCGCCAUUUGAUCGGCCGUGGAUAUUUCGUCGCCGUCGCAGCUCGUCGUGUACCGUCGUCCGUUAAAUAUAAACCGGAAUUAUUAGUAUAUAAAGUAUAUAAAAAAAAAAAAACGGAAACGGAAACAAUGCCGGGUUUUAGCAGCGCGGGAACAUUCAAAAUAUUCAUCGGCAAUCUGCCGGAAAAAACGGCCGUCGCCGAAUUGCGUCCGCUAUUCGAAAAAUACGGCAAAGUGGUCGAAUGCGACGUCGUGAAGAAUUACGGCUUCGUCCACAUGGAGAACGAGGCCGACGGACGGGAGGCCAUCCAAUCUCUAAACGGUCAAAUGUUCAGCGGCCAACCGAUGAAAUGCGAGGCGGCCAAAAGCCGCAAAGCGCCCCAAACGCCCACCACCAAGAUAUUCGUCGGCAAUCUAACGGACAACACCAAAGCGCCGCAGAUACGCGAACUGUUCAAAAAAUUCGGCACCGUUGUGGAAUGCGACAUCGUUCGGAACUACGGGUUCGUCCAUUUAGAAUCCACGGGAGACGUUAACGAUGCUAUUAAAGAUUUGAACGGAAUGAUGGUGGACGGUCAACCCAUGAAGGUGCAAGUGUCGACGUCGCGCGUAAGACAACGGCCGGGCAUGGGCGAUCCGGAGCAGUGCUAUCGAUGCGGUCGCGGCGGUCACUGGUCGAAAGAGUGCCCCAAAGGUAUGGGGCCGGAGAGGUUCCGCGAUCGAAUGUUCGGACGGGAUCCGUAUCCGCCGCCGCCGCCGCCGCCGUUCCUGCGCGACCGAAUGAUGGGCAGAUUUGGGGACAGUUACGACGCCUACUACGACAGGCGCUUCGAUGAUUCGCGCGACCUGUACGAGCGCCGCUACGCCGGCCUGCCGCCGUCGAGCCGCGACGUCGCCGUCCGCGGCGGCGGCGGCGGCGCCAGUUCGAGGGACUUCAUGCCGCCGCCGUUGCCGCCGCGUCGCGAGCCGCUGCCGCCGAUGCCGUCGAUCGGUUUGCGCGGCGGCCCGUCGAGCGGCCUGAGCGCCGGCAUUCGGGAGAGUUCGUUUUCUCGGAGCGGCAGCGACUACGGGAUGUUCAGCAGGCGAUCGCCGCCGCCGAUCGCCGGCAGCAUGUCGGUGCGCAGCAGCAGGAUGUACGAGGAUUUUAGCAGGGAUAGUUUCGACGAUAGAAGGCCUGGUUUGAGGGGACCAUCUCCGCCGAGAAGAUACGCCCCCUAUUAGAUUUUCUAAUGGACACGCGUGCGUUUAGAAAUUCGAAUGUAUUAUGUAUGUGUAUAUGGUAAUAUCAUAGACUUAAUAAUUAUUACGAUUACGUUUAAAAAGUAAUUUUUUUUUUGAUUGAUGAAUAUGAUUUUUUCGAUGAUUUAGGAAUAUUAAUUUACCUAUAUUUUUGCAUUGUAAUUUGUUGUAACUACGCGAACAAGAUUUUAUAAUUCAGUUUGUGGCGUUUUUGUUUUAUUUUAUUUCUCCAAAGUA